GAAUCCUGGAUUGUGAGAGCAGCUAAAAUAAAGAAAGACGCAGUAAAAGGUUUGGUAGCAUUUCAGAGAAUGACUCUUCCUGUGAAAAGUUGAUGAUUGACAAGUCAUUCUUUUCUUCUUACCACACCUAGCUAUUUCAAACACUUCCCUGAGUCAUAGUUUGAAGACACUUGACAGCGUCACAAGCAAACAAACAAGCUCGAUGAGUUUUGUUAUGAGCCAGUAACAUGUUGGUUCUUUUUUCAAACACUGAUGAAGUAACAGGGAGGCAACUAGAACUGAACGAGCUAAUGACUGGGAUCAAGUCCAUCGUGUUUUUGACCAUCCUGAACUGUCGGUGGAUAAAAGGAGUUGAGUGAGUUUGAUUCAGCAGCAGGAAUAUGGAACUGAGCAGGAUAAUCGGGAUCAAGUGUGUUGUUCUGGCUUUUCUGUGGACUAUAGCGAACGGAGAUACUGAAGUGUCCUGCAUUUUCAUGGAGACGUGCAUGCUGCCGUGCAGCUCUGAGAGAGGCAAUGAUGUUAUCAUCCACUGGUUCCAGCAAUCAGCAGGAAACCUUUUUGUUCAUUCGUUCUAUGAUGGCCAUGACCAGCUUGUAGUGCAGAACCAGCGCUUCAGCGGCAGGACGUCACUGUUCCGCGACCAGCUCUCCUCAGGAAACGCCUCACUGCAGCUGACAAGGGUGAAGGUUCAGGAUGAAGGGAGAUACAAGUGCCAGGCCAUCACCAGGAGAGGAACCAAAGAAUCAUUUAUCGCUUUAAAAAUGGAUGCUCCAGUCCGUGAGGUCAACAUUGAGAAGGCAGAAAACAGGAUCACCUGCAGCUCUGAGGGGAUCUACCCCGAACCUCUGCUCACCUGGUCCACCAGCCGUCAAACCGUCUUCAGGAGCACAACCAUAGUCCAGCAGAGUGGACCGAACAGAGAACUUUAUAACAUUAAGAGUUCUGUCAUAUUCCCUGACACCAAACAUGACUUCACUGAUAUGACCUACAGCUGCACUGUCAGCACUCGCAGCAACAACAAAACAGCCAUUUUGUCAAACCGCAACCUGAAAGAAGGCAUCGCUAAAGCCAUGGUGGCAGGCGUCAUCAUGAUUGCGGUAAUCUUAGGCCUGAUACCGAUAUGCUGCAAUAAAUUUAACAGUAAGAUGCACCAGAGCUGCUCAGUGCCAAUGAGUGUGCUGCCUACAGUGGAAACAGGAUCAAUGGAGUUGCAGGUACAGACAGGCACAGAUGUUGCAAUGAGCCCCCGUAAUCUGACCAAACUUUACUUAGAAAGUCCAAAAUUUAAUUCAA